GCCGCCCACCGGCGCCCGGAGCCCACGCCGAGCCCCGGGCCGGGCGGUGCCAUGCUGCCCCGGCGGCCGCGCUGAAGGAUGGCGACGCCCGUCCCUCCGCCCUCCCCGCGGCACCUGCGGCUGCUGCGGCUGCUGCUCUCCGGCCUCGUCCUCGGCGCGGCCCUGCGAGGCGCCGCCGCCGGCCGCCCGGAUGCAGCAUCCUGUCCUGGGAGCCUGGACUGUGCCCUGAGAAGGAGGGCGAAGUGUCCCCCGGGCGCGCAUGCCUGUGGGCCCUGCCUUCAGCCCUUCCAGGAGGAUGGGCAAGGGCUCUGCGUGCCCAGGAUACACCGGCCUCUGGGGGAGGGCCCGCCCCAGCCCAGGCUGGACGAAGAAAUCGACUUGCUGGCCCAGGAGCUAGCCCGGAAGGAGGCCGGGCCCUCGAGGCUCCCAGCCCGGCCCCUGCCUGAGUCCCGACGGCGGAUCCUGGCGCCUGCAGCCACCCUGGGCUUCUCAGAGCGGGGUCAGGGGCCCAAACUGGGCCUCACCUCCACUCCGGGAGCCCCCGCGCCCACACCCCCCACCUCCUUGGGCUCCCCCGCGUCGUCCGGGCCGGUGCACAUGUCGCCCCUGGAGCCUCGGGGCGGGCGCGGCGACGGCCUCGCCCUCGUGCUGAUCGCGGCGUUCUGCGUGGCCGGCGCGGCCGCCCUCGCCGUGGCCGCCCUCUGCUGGUGCAGGCUGCAGCGCGAGAUCCGCCUGACCCAGAAGGCCGACUACGCGGCAGCGAAGGCCCCGGGCUCGCCCGCAGCGCCGGGUACCUCGCCCGGGGACCAGCGGCUGGCGCAGAGUGCGGAGGUGUACCACUACCAGCACCAGCGACAGCAGAUGCGGAGCCUGGAGCGGCAUAAAGACCCGCCCAAGGAGGUGGACUCGGCCUCCUCGGACGAGGAGAAUGAAGACGGUGACUUCACGGUGUACGAGUGCCCGGGCCUGGCCCCGACCGGGGAGAUGGAGGUGCGCAACCCGCUGUUCGACCACGCCUCGCUGUCGGCGCCCCCGCUGCAGUGACCCGAAGCGGAAGGGACGACCCCGCUCGCCGAUGGCACAUCCCUCGGGCGGGGACGGGCAGGGCCCGGUGCUGCCCAUUCAAAAGAACACGUUCUGACACUCUGCGUGCUGGUGGCUGGGCGGGGGCGCUGGACCCCGGGACCUCUUGCCAGGGAGACACCCCCUUGUGCCGGGAGACCUUCUGUCCCCCUUGCAUCUCUCCUAUCCGGUCUGGACACCCAAACUGGAGGGGGCGGGGAGAACCCUAGAACCCGGGGGCAUGGAUGGGGAAUUCUGGAGACAAAAGGUAAUUAAAGUACAUUUCAAACGUG